AUGGCGUUUCCCCUUGCCGCUCUGUUUUUUCUGGUCACGGCUAGGUGGUGCCUGCAGGUCGCUCAUGCCGGCCGCCAGGUGUUCGACGUCAUGGACUUCGGCGCGAUCGCCGACGGUGAGACGGAUGACUCCAAGGCUUUUCUACGGACGUGGACCAAGGCCUGCGCGUCGCCGGGGAGGCCGUCCGUGGUGGUUCCCAAGGGCGAGUACCGGCUUCACCCGGUGGUCUUCCGCGGCCCGUGCAAGGGCUACAUGGAGCUGCGCCUCUCCGGCGUCCUCCGCGCGCCGGACGACCUGGCCGCGUUCCGCGGCAGCCACGAGUGGAUCAACUUCGCCAACGUCGACGGGCUGCUCGUCACCGGCGGCGGCACGUUCGACGGCCGCGGCGCCUCGUCGUGGCACCUCAACGAGUGCCCCAGGAAUCCGAACUGCACGCCCCUCCCCGUCUCGAUCAAGCUGGGGCGCGUGAGGAACGUGACGAUCACGGGGGUGACGUCGCUGGACAGCAAGUUCUUCCACGUGAUCAUCAUCGGCAGCCAGGACGUGGCCAUCCACCGCGUCACCAUCCGGGCGCCGCGGGACAGCCCCAACACGGACGGCGUCCACAUCCAGGCCUCCUCCAACGUGCGCAUAACCGACACCGCCGUCGCCACCGGGGACGACUGCGUCUCCGUCGGCCCCGGCAGCGCCGACAUCACCGUGUCCGGGGUCUCCUGCGGCCCGGGCCACGGCAUCAGCGUCGGCAGCCUCGGGAGGCGCCCGGGGGAACAGGACGUGCGCGGCCUGCGCGUGUCCAACUGCACCUUCGCCGGCACGGCCAACGGCGUGCGGAUCAAGACCUGGCGCGGCGGCGUCCGCCCGGGCUCCGUUGUGUCCGGGCUCGUCUUCGAGGACAUCGUCAUGAGGAAGGUUCGCAACCCCAUCAUCAUCGACCAGGAUUACUGCCCCUACAGCUCCAUCUCCUGCCGCCAUGAAUCGGCGCAGCUGCCGUCCGUGGUCAAGAUAAGCGACGUCAAGUUCAAGAACAUCAGGGGCGUGUCGGCCACGCAGGUCGCCGUGAAGCUGUCCUGCAGCGGCGCGAACCCAUGCCAUGGCCUAGAGCUCAGGGACAUCGACCUUAGUUACGUCAAGCGUAGCGUCGCCACCGAGUCGCGGUGCGCGAAUGUCGCCGGUGGUAUCGCCGGAGGGACGCUUGUACCUCCCUCGUGUAUAUGA